UCCUCCUCCUCCUCCUCCUCCUCAUUCUCCUCGAGGGGGGCGGCAGGCACAGCGCUCAAAGGUGCGUCAGGCUGCCGCCGUGCCCCGAGGCUCGCCGCGAUGCCACAGGCGGAGGGUCGCCCGCGCCUUGCGCUGGUCGAGUGAGCGGCCCUGCGCUGCCGAGAGCGGAGGCCCUGCGGGAGGACGAUGCGGCAGGAGGAGUUCAACUGGUUCGUCUUCCAGGCCAUCGUGGCCUUCGGGCUGCUGAUCCUGGCCCGCAGCUACUGGCAGCAGUUCCGGCGAGCCUGGCACAAGCACGGGUCGGCCGACGGCAGCAAGUACCUGCUCGAGCUGGCCGGCGUCGUCGGGGGGCCCGGCCACCACGGCGGCCUCUGCGGCCCGGAGGACUUCUCCUCGGGCGCCGGCAAGGCCGAGCGGCGCAGGAAGGGCGGCGGCCACAAGCCCGGCGUGGCCGUGGCGGAGGGCCGAGGCCGCGGGGGUCGCCUUCGAGCACCGCGCG